AUGAAACGCCUUGGGGAAGUAGGUGACAAAGAGCGUGACCACGAGCGAGACCAAAGCUCGCUGCGCUGUCUCCGCCUCUCAGGCAGACUGCAGAGACCAAUUGGACAGCAUGAGUGGGGCGGUGUGGGGAGACUGUCACUAAGAGCACUGAGAGGAGCUCGCCAGUGGGUGGCUCUUUCUCUGCUGACUGGCGAUAGAAAAAGCAAGCUCCCCGCCCGGUCCCAGACGGGAGCGGAGCCCAUGAACCUGGGCGUUGGUGCCUUCUCCAAACUGCUGGCGCUGGCGUUUCUGAUGCUGCUGGAGGUUAAUAGAAAAGCCGAGGCAGUCCUGCUGUCCAAACAAAACUACGGAGCAUCAAGGGACACCUGUGACCCUAAAAAGGAAUACCGGUAUGAGUGGCGCUGCUGUUUGUACUGCCCACCUGGCACCCAUGUAGUCCAGCACUGCAUCAUCUCCCACACCUUUGGAAUUUGUCAGGAUUGCCCCCCCAGUGGAAAGUACUCCCUUAAGAACAACCUAAACUGCCAGCAGUGUACCAAGUGCCAAAAAGACCAAGAGAUGCUGAUACCUUGUUAUAAAAAUAUCAACACCAAGUGUCAGUGUAAAGAAGGGUACUAUUGUGAUGCCCCAAACUGUAAGGUGUGCCAACCCUGUACCGAGAGGUGCCCAGAAGGACAACGAAUUCUUCAGAGAUGUAACACUACAGCUGAUAUAUUGUGUGGAGUACCCACGACAGGAAUGACCUUCAAAUUCGAAUCAUCUGCUGCCAGAGGAAUACAUGGAAUUGGCCUUGGAUGCUGAUUCCUUUGUUUUUUGGUUCUCUUUGGUGGGGCUUACCAGGUUUCUAGUCACCAAAUAUGGAAACAGAAAUGCUCACUUUGCUUGGAUGAAAGAAAGUUCAAUGAGAGCUCACCGUGAUGGCUAUUUAAAGAACCCAAUGUUGGAUUCUCAACAAUUCCGAAAGUCAAGGAGCCCGAGGCCCUUGAAGUGGUGAAUGACAUCUCCUUGCUCCAUCUUUCUUCUGGUGCUAAAGUCCUCCCCCCAUCCAGGAUGAGAGCCAAGUAUGGGAAUUCAAAACACAAUCUGCCCAUGCAAACACAAUCUGACCCUUGGUGGCCGUCAAAAUUGGUGCAGAUUGAAUGGACUUGCUCCUCAUCCAGUUUGGACCCUCAUCACCACUCACUUGGAGUAUCGCAGAAUCCUCAUUGAUGUCUUUGCCUCCAGUCUGCCCUUGACCACCCAUUCUCCUUUCAGACAUCAAAGCAAACUCCUAAAACACAACUCUGGACAUGUCUACUCUAAAGACUUCAGCAAACCCCAAUCAUGCUAGAUUCAAACACAUACUGC